CAAAUAAUUCAAGUUUCACAAUCAAGCCCAUUCACAAAAUCGAUACUACACGGACCAUUCGUUAUAAUCGAAUUGCUUGGACGUCUCAAAUUGCGUCAACGGACUGCUCACUAACCGGCUCCGUGACCAUAUGAUCUGCAUCUGACCCGUCCAAACUGCACUGAUCUUUGGUACCGGUGCAGAGUCACGAUGUCGAUCAACAUUUGAAAUGUGCAUUCGUGGGACUGUAAAAAGGUGAAUCAGUGAUGGUUCAGUGCUGUGACAUGGUGGAGACGUGAAUGUCAAAGUAAAAGAAUUGUUUGGUGGUGUUCGUUGAAUUAGUGCAAUGGCAGGUGCUAGUGAAGAUGGUGGAGGAGUGGAUGACAAUUCCACGGCAAGUUGUGCGACAGAGGGUGAGAACCGCAAGCGCGGUCUGACCAAUUCCAUGUCACUGCGCACCCGCAAGCUUGGCCGUCGGCUCUCCCGCAGCAUGUCCAUAGUAGCUCUGAAGAUCCCUGAAAAGGCUCAAAGCAUCACCCGUUCUUCCUCAAAAUUGAUGCGAUCUGGCAACAAAGAUAAGAAAAACAGAUCAUUCGAGCUCUCUAUCAUACUACCAGACAAGACGCAGCGACAGGUGACAGUAUGCAAUAACAACACAGUUGCGGAGAUAGUGAGCGAUCCUAUACAAGAAGCGGGUGCUGUCAUUGCGGGUCUACCUUCAGGCCCACUAUGCGCUCCUCAAAUCGUUCCCCUUGGUGGUCCACUUCCGCUUCCGGAGACACUUGAUGCCCCGCCACCGGCUGCACCUAUCGCUUUACUCUUCCUUGGGGGCUGCAAAGCCCCUGUAGAGCCAAGGGCACAAGCCUCUGCCCUGGAAGGCGAGGUGCUAGUCGUCGAAUAUCAACCUCCGCCGUGGGAUGGAAAAGAUCUGGAGACAUUUAUAGCUUGGGAAAAAAUUUACGCUUCGACUUUGUUCUCGGCCGUGGAGUUAUAUGGCAAACCGCUGCUUCGAGCUGCAGUCAUCACCAAGGAGGAGUAUCACCUUCUUUUCUAUUACCUGGAGUCAGUUUCGGAGGCCAGUGAGGCUCUCACCGAGCGCAUGAGCAAAUACAUCGAGUCUGGCUUGCUUCUCAACGAAGGUAAACAUGAAAAAGAAGACAAUGUACAGUCAACAUCAAGCAUUUUAACUACAAAUUCAAAGAGAGACUCAAAGAGUAUUCUGAGUGAAUUGAUCCAGGAGGGUGUGAUAUCCCAUAGAGAUGUUGAUGCGACUUCGGACAUCGCUAACUCUGAAUGCAACGGACAAUCCACGGAAAGCCGCAAGUCUGACGAUAGCGUAUCCAGCAUCUCCUCAACUAGUGCGAACCUCCACAAAGUCAUUAUCGAUAUCCCAAUAGAUUGCAAUACGUCUGUGGCCGAUAGCUCGCUCGCAGAAACCGUCGAUACAGUUACCACCGUGACCAUUAGGAACGGAGGACAAUGUUGUGUCGACCAUAGAAUAUCGGCUGAUAUCUCCGAAAACGUUUGGGCAAACGUUACAUGGGAUUUCCUCAAUCCAAUAGAUUUUGGCUACGAUCUUAUAAGAAGUGUGAAACGUAGUCGCUCCGAGUCGGCUAUUACUCCUGUCGCUAGACGCAAAAAUGAGGAAAUUUACGAAACGCUACGAGAUGUCGAAGGAGAAUCAUGUGGCAGUAUGACGCCGUAUGAAUCGAUUGAAGAUCUGUACGACUGUAUAAAAAAUGCACAGUACAGUAGUGCAGCUGUUGAAGAAUCGUCACCUUCAACUGAAAGUCAGUCCGAGCCUCAGUAUCCUGAUUAUUAUGAAAAGACGAGCACCACUCGCCAGAGUUCAGUAAGCAGUGAGAAAAGUGGAGCUUCUUCUGCGUUUCCGUUUUCGAAAUGUGGUUCAAGCGAUUCGACCGGCGCGUUCACGUCUUGCGAGUCCACGAGCGGCGUCAGCACGUUUGCUUCAAAAUGUAUUCCGGAGUUAUUGAAGAACCGGGAGCUGCCACCUCCGCCGUUGGAGAGUCAGCCAAGUGAAAGUGCAAUUUUGCUGAAACAACUGUUCAUGGGUGAACUAAUAGACGCUUACAACGAAUACUUAACCGCGUAUCCGUACGCACGUGCUCUACUCCGCAAAAAGAUGCGUCGAGACGAGCACUUCACAGCAUUAGCGGAGAUCCGACGCGGCGCUGCCAAGUACACCAUUGGAGAUUAUCUAGAGUUACCGAUCGAGCGGUUGGCGCAAUAUGAGCGACUGGUGGGCGGAGGCUGCGCUCCGCGACGUGCUGCGCGACUAUCAGACCUGGAGCGCGUGCAGGAUCUCUUUCCACACGAUUACCUCGCCUUGCACGAUGCGGAUGCACCUGCUGCACUUGCCUCGCACCAUGCUCAGAAAUCAAAAAGUCUUCGCAAACGCCCAAGUCUGGACAUCGUCACGCCCAAUAGCAGCUCGUUGUCUCCUAGGACAUUCAUCAUGGAGGCGCCCGUCCAGUUGUGCCCGUUGGGCACUACGUCCCCACCGCUAGAUCGUCAUUUGUUUCUAUUCAGCGACCUGCUGCUCGUGGGCAAAGCACGAGGCACAAAUUGCUUCAAAUUGAAGGAGAGUGUGAGACUGGCCGAAUUAUGGAUAUCGCUCCCUGAUGGUGAUGAUACAGGCUUCCUUAUUGGUUGGCCCACGUCUACGGGGGUUGCCAACUAUCUCGCCACCUACCCUACGCAAGCUGCGCGCGAUACUUGGUACAGGAAAGUGCAAAAUGCACUAAACGCGCAAUUGGCCACGGAACCAAAGUCGACAAACAUCCAGAUCUUCUAUAAAGACUUCACAACAAGCAUUGAAUUUUGUAAAACGGUAUCCGUGGGUCCAGAAAUGAGCGCCAGAUGCGUAGUGCGUCAAGCGUUACACGUUCUUCAGAACGGAGGUACAGAAGGCGAGGGUGAGGCCGAAGGUGAAGGAGAGAAUGAAACGGAAGGUCGAUUGGGAGCAGCCACCGAAUUUACGCUAUGUGUACGCACUGCUCGAGACGCACCACCCACUCCGCUGCACGGAAUCGAAAGACCACAUGCCAUUCAGAUGUCGCGAAUAAGACAAACAUUGUCCAAUGAAGACGGUUUCGACUUGGAGCAUGUCAACUCCAAAAAUAAUCCGUGCGGGCUGGUCUUCGAAUUGAAGAAAAAAAACCAGAGUAUAAAAAAUGGCAGCGCGACUCCAGGCCGUGGUUUGAGACUGCUGCGUCGCGGCGGGCGGUUAUUCGGAGUGACCCUGACGCGACUCUGCAAUGGCACGCCACCACCAGCUUUGCUUCAUGCCCUUAAACGGCUCAGGGUCACAGCACCCUUGACACAUGGUGUCUUCCGCAGAAGUGCUAAUGCUAAAGCUUUAAGACUUCUUAGAGAUAAGCUGGACACUUUAGGCCCAUGGGCUGAAGGCUGUGCAGAGUUGGAUCGAGCUCCAGUGCUGCUGCUAGCCGCGUUGGUAAAGGAGUUCUUUAGAGCAUUACCACAGCCGCUGCUUGUAUCGGAGCUGUAUCCCUCAUGGCUACAAGUGCUGGGUUUGCCUCAGACAGAAAAAGUAACCGCCGUGCGAUCAUUACUGCUGAAGAUGCCAAAAGCUCACUACAAUAUGCUAACAUAUUUCGUGUGCCUCCUGCAAGCGAUCGCGAAGAAAUCUAACAUCAAUCUUAUGUGCCCGAUGAAUCUCGGCGUGUGUGUCGGUCCAAGCCUUCUUUGGCCCAGUACCCCUUGUGAUAAAGCUCCCAAAGCAGUGCCAAUGGUUGUUGAACUCCUCAUAGUGAAAGCAGAAGCCCUUUUUGGUCCACAAAUUACCGGUCUCCUUGGAAAUGGGUCUCCUGAACCAUCAAACGCGCUUCUAGACUCGGGCGCUGAAGAAAGUGAUAGCCUACACUCUGUUGGAAUAUCCCUGGAUUCCAUGGAACUUUCAACGCCACGGAAGGAGAAACUAUCCCUCAGCAGAGAUUCAGGCUUGACUUUGUCAGAAGAUGAUUCUAACAGCAACGGAGGUAAUAGCCCGGCACCGAGAAACAUUCUGCAUAGUCUGUCAGCACCGACAUGCAAUCUGCAGCAGGACUCCAAAGUAGUGGCACGGUACCACAUCGAUAAUCACAACGUCAAUGGACUACCCCAAGUAGUUCAACGACAACAACAAAACAUUUACUCGAAUAAAACAGACAUUUACAACACUGUCAACGAGGACUUGUACACUUCAUCGUAUAUUGGAGAUCGAUACAUGCAUAAAUCAGUAAAUAUUGGAAUCUCAAAUGGUCACGAGGAAAGAAAAGGGAACUAUGUCACCAAAACGGCAGUGCAACGCUCAACGGCUGACAUUUACGGACAAAGCCCAGCCAAAUACUUAACAGGGAUGGAGCCGCAAAAACCACCGAGAAGUAACGUCUCUAAAGCAGCGCGCACUUCAAAAGUUUACAGCAUGUUUGCUGAAUCACAAGAACCAGAGAAAAACACAAAUAACAAAAAUUUUAAUAGAGCUAAAAGUUCAGAUAAUCUAUUAGAAUCUAAACAGGAAUCAAUCGAAAACAAACGCGACUUUGUGUCUAGUCAAGAAAACAUAGUUUACAGUAAUAUUCAAGAUUUAGCGAUGUUCACAGAGAAUAUUCAAAGACAAAACCACUAUCAAACACACUCGGACAUUGUAUCGAACUCAAAUUCCAAUUAUGCUCGUGUUUACACUGGUUGGGAGAAGAAGAGCCCUAAUUAUAGUAAUAAAUCGAAUAAUUACAACACGGAAAAUAUAUAUGGUCAAAUGAACAAGAAUCAAGGAGAAUCCUCACAGAACAAAUCUGAUGGGAAGUUAACACCGGCAGCCACCAUUUUUACUAGAAAUGAUUGGUCUCGUCAAGCAGCAAGGACGAAGAGUUUAGAAGUAAACGAUGACGGGCACACUAACAAUAACGUCGAUCGAAAUCGAAACGGAAAUUAUGAAAUUAACGCUGGCCACUUUUGCCGUAAGCGACGUUCCGACCCCGCACACUUGUGCACCAAAAACUGCGCCGCCCCUUCAGUGGUCAGGGAACAAGAGAAAAACAUGUUGAAUCCACUACAAAAUUCACACUCCUACGUUGACAACUCGCAUGAGAAUAGCCCUGAAGAAAGCAAAAAACAGAGACUCCGUAAUUACAAUAAAUUAAACCAGUCUAAAUCCUUAGCCAACAUAAUCGUGCAGAGUGAUUCAGGCAGCAGUGAUACACUGUACCAGCCGCAGAACUCAUUCAACAGCCGAUCAACGGAGUCUACCGCCAGUGAGAACUCCUUUGAAAACUGUUAUACCACCCAAUACAUAGAGCCCUUGUACACAUCAGUGUACAAUCGCAGGAGGGAUAUAUUCCACGAAGAUAAGACGUCGAUGUUUUCGUCUGAUAUCUAUAAAGCUACUCCGACUGCCGUACAGCCGGUGUUUUCCGAGGAGCAGAAAAAUAACAAGAAGCCCACUCUCAUGCCGCCGCCUGUUCCGCCUAGGAAAAUGGUAUAUCAAAGAGUGCUUAAGAAGUUCCAGCCUGUGCAUGUGAACAAAGACGACAAAGUAUCUCGUUCUAAAUCUGUACCUCCAGUGUACAGAGAUCCGCCAAAUGGUACUGACAAGAAUAGACAAAAUGUUUUAGCAUUGGACUGUUCCGAAUCCGACACGGAAUCAGAAUCUUACGUUUAAAAACCUGCAUUCGACUGUCGUCGUUUUGAUUGCGUGCAAAUUGGCUCCUUGGUGCACAUUAUUGAUGAGCAACUAAAACAUGAUGUUUGAAGAACAAGGUUUGUAGACUGACGGUCUCGUAAAAUACCGAUUGUGACUUAUUUUUACGGUUUGUUGUGUAAUGUAUGUUACAUUUAUUUAGAAGUCAUUAUAACAGCAUUAAAUUUAACCCUAGAUUGUGUCCAUCGUCUUGUGUUUCCCGCCUUAAAAGUUUAAAGUGACCAUAACCUAAGUUGUUUUGGUGAUGUAAUUCCAAAGACGUAAGAGUAGUUUGCAAAGUUAAUGGUAUUAUGUAAAUGGAUUUUUUUUUUCAAUAUAAUUAAUUGAUAAUUACGCGUUGUAGUUGAAUGUUUUAUAUUAAUACCAGCCACCUUGUUAUUAAAAAUUAAAUAUAUUUUGAGUAUGUAGACGUCUUGAAUUAAAAAUACGUAAUUCUUUAACUAUAUUUGUGUCAUGUAUGUUUUAAGAGUUAAAUAAAAUAUUAUAUUGAUGUAAAAGAAAGGAAAGUAUGCC